UGUUCCUGUGGUCAGGACGCGUUGCCGUCCUUACGACGUUUUUUCUUUAAAGAUAAGCCAAGGAGGAGGUCAGUGGAGCAAUUAGAACAGCAGCAGCCAGGAGCAAAUGGAAGGAGGCUUGAAGGAAACACAGAAGAAGCUUGUGACAGCUGAGGUCAGAUGACGGGAAUGCCCAAACAAUGGACAUAAUGGAUGAAAAGAAAAUGGUGACACUGAGUGUAGAGGAUGGCCCGUGGACAGGAUGUGCGGUUCUCUUCCUGCACUCCUGUCCCGCAGUGAACCUGCUCUCUCUCUACAAAGACCAGCAGGGCAAGUUCAGCGUCUUCAAAGUCCUCAAGCUGACACUCACAGACUCAGCUGGGGGGCUGGAGGGGUACGAGAUCCUGAAGCUGCAUGAUGCAGAUCCUCUGCUGGGUGUAGAGGUGAAGUUUGAGGAUGUGGCGGCGUGCCGCAGGUUCCUGCAGAGCUAUGGCUCCGGUGCCGUACAACAGUCCCUCUCCCAGCACGCCUGCCGCCUCCUCCACGGCCCACAGGAGCUUGCCUUGGAAACCCAGCUCAAAGCCGGGACGCACACUUUGGACUUUUGUCUGGACGACCUGGAGCUCUGUCUGCAACACAUCCACCAGUCACAGCCGGGGCGCCUAAGGGAUGAUGAGAUUGCUGAGCUGGACCAGCAGCUGCAGAGCCAGGCCUUGGGUCACAUCCCCCACCCACCCACCCUCUCACAGGAAGAGCCCCCCGUGCCCAGCAACUGUUUCCUGUUCCAGAAGAGGGUGUUUGCCCCUCCCACUCUGUCUCCUGACCUAUCAGAGGACCGCAUACUGGCGGCAGGAGACCUGCAGCGAUUCUCCAACGGCGUUGGGCGGGACUGGAGGAAAGUGGGGCGGGCCUUGGGCAAGAACUGCUGUGCGCUGAAGGGGCCGGCCAUAGACAACCUGGCCUACGAGUAUGAGAGGGAGGGGCUGUACGAGCAGGCCUAUCAGCUGUUGAGCCGCUUCAUCCAGGCGGAGGGGAGGGCGGCACGGCUGGGCCGGCUGGUCAGAGCACUGGAAGACAGCAAACUCACCAGCCUGGCUGAGAACAUUUUGGACAGCCAGCCCCGGGAGUGACGCUGUCUGUCACACUGUCUGGGGGGUGUGUGUUGGUCUGUAUGUGUGUGUGUGUCUUUGUGAAAAAGUGGUAACGUGUGGGUGGCAUUGCUUGUGUGCUACCACAUGUCUUUUCUGUGUGAGUUUUGUGUCUGUGAGCUUGAUUGUAUGUUUUUUUUUAUUUGAGUAAAAUUGUAUUGUGUUACAAAACCAAUAGUUCUCAUAAUUGCUAUGUCACUUCAUUGUUGUCUCUGGUUGGAGAGCAAACUGAAAUCACUGCGGGCCUUUUCUUUUUCCGCUAUAAACCCAACCCCCUUUCUCCACCACAGACUGGACCCUUGAUGUAUUUGAUCAUUCUACCAAUAACCAUUAGUUAUUGCAAUGGGUUUGGGGAAUAUUUGUUCCGAAAUCCAAAUAAAGUGUUGGAUUUUUAAAAACAAA